CGCGUGAUUCAUUAAUUAAAUUAAUUUCAUUUUCACAAAAUUUGAAGUCCAAAUUAGAGCUAUUUUCAGCUAAAGAUGGGAGUGGAUGUAGAAACUUUAAAGCCAGGAGAUGGGAAGACCUACCCAAAGAAAGGACAGACCGUUGUAGUUCAUUAUGUUGGCACACUGACCAAUGGAAAGAAGUUUGACUCAUCACGUGAUAAGGGAAGGCCAUUUCAAACAAAGAUUGGAGUUGGAAAAGUCAUCAGAGGUUGGGACGAAGGCUUCAUGCAGAUAAGUUUGGGCGAGAAAGCUAAGCUGACAAUUAGUCCAGACUAUGGUUAUGGUGCAGCUGGAGCUGGCGGAGUUAUUCCACCAAAUGCAACUUUAAUAUUUGAAGUCGAGUUGCUCGAGAUCAAGUAAAUUGCCAGCCGUACAUACAUGAAGAGUGUGUGGAGUCACAUUAUCAUUAACAAUUGUACUUAGUGUUUUUCAAUAGUAAUCAAUUUUUCUUUUUGUUAAAUUUUAAUUAUUAAUUUUUUGUUGUAGUAUAAUUAUAA